AUGAUACACUGUGAGGUUCAUAAUGACCACUGGGAUAAGCAGAAGUCCAAGCCUAACCUCAGCUUUUUGGGAUCAUUCCUUCUCAGUGCUGCCACUAUGAUACACUGUGAGGUUCAUAAUGACCACCGGGAUAAGCAGAAGUCCAAGCCUAACCUCAGCUUUUUGGGAUCAUUCCUUCACAUUAACCCAGAGGAUCAGGUCAAUCAUAAAAACCUCCUACAAGAAAAGGGACCACUCAAAGCUGUUUGGACCUGGAAUUAUCAGGUCAAGUUCAAAUCUGAUUCUGUGACAUUUGAGGAUGUUGCUGUGAACUUCACCCAGGAAGAGUGGGCUUUGCUGGAGCCUUUUCAGAAGAAUCUCUACAGAGAUGUGAUGCUGGAAACCUGCAGGAAUAUCUCCAUUUUAGGAAAGUAUUGUGAAGAUGAGAGUAUUAAAGAGCGUUAUAAAAGUUCUGGAAAAAGUCUAAGCUCUUCCACUUCUCUUCAAGGGCAUGAAAGAAUCCAUAGUGAUGAAAAACUCUAUACUUGUAAGCGAUGUGGUAAAGCCUUUAGAUGGUACCUUCAAGUACAUGAAAAAAUCCAUAGUGGAGAGAAACCAUAUGAAUGUAAACAAUGUGGUAGAACCUUCAGACAGUGUGGUACUCUUCAAAGACAUAAAAAAAUUCAUACUGGAGAAAAAUCAUAUGAAUGUAAACAAUGUGAUAAAGCCUUUAGACGUCAUGGUUAUCUUCAGUUACAUGAAAAAAAUCAUACUGGAGAAAACCCCUAUGAAUGUACACAAUGUGGUAAGGCCUUCAGCCAAUAUAGUUUCCUUCAAAGACAUGAAAGGACACACAGUGGAGAGAAACCCUAUGCAUGUAAACGAUGUGGUAAAGCUUUUAAAUAUCACAGUUAUCUUCAGUUACAUGAAAAAAUACAUAUGAGUGAAAAACCAUAUGAAUGUAAACAAUGUGGUAAGGCCUUUAUAUUUCCUGCUUCUUUGUGGGUACAUGAAAAACGUCAUACUGGCGAAAAACCGUAUGAAUGUAAAGAAUGUAGUAAAGCCUUUGUCAUCAACAGUCAUCUUCAAAGACAUGAAAAAAUUCAUUCAGGAAAACCUUGUGAAUAUGAAAAGUAUGAAAAAGCCUUUAGACAACAUAGUCAUCUUUCUUUACAUGAAAAAAUUCAUAUUGGACCAAAACCCAAUGAAUGGAAGCUAUGGGGAAAAUCCUACAUAUGCUACAUUUAUCUUAAAUUGCAUGAAAAAACUCAGUGGAUCCCCACUAUUCCUAACUCCUCAUUAGUCCCACCCUUAAGCCUCAUGUCCAAAAUCCAGUGUGAGAUCAAGGCAUAG